GGUUAAAGUUGGUCUCUAUUAUCUGUACACGUAUAGUACAGAAAUGUUACAUAUUUUCCAAGACGAAGGAGAGUGGGGUACACAAACUGACCAUGGCCCUCCCUUGCACGACCAACCACAAAUUAGAUGCCCACAAAAAAAAUUCAACCUAGCAAUCAGGCCCAUUAUUAGUAGUCUGUUAGCCUAAAAAUUGUAGUUUCAUGAUGAGAACAUGUGGUGACAGCAGGGGGUCGUGGCUGCUCCUGGUGCACAGCUAUUAUUAGGUAGUUGCACAUAUAGGUGUGAGAUGCUCAUGUCGUGCUGAAUUAUGCAUUUGCUUGCAUGUCAUCAGCGUUGUGUGGUCGUGCACAUACAAGCCUGUUAUUAGUAUGUUCCAUAUAUUGAUCCGAGAUGUUCCUGUGGUGCUGAAUUAUGCAUCACCAUGUAUAUGUGAUUGCGGCUGCGCGCUUAUAUAAGCAUGUCACAAGCAUCGAUCCUAACUUGUCAUUCAGAGUUUUACAAUCCCAGAUAAGUGUACAUUUUACAGGGCGCGUUUUGGCAGAUACAAAUAAGGAAGAAUGGAGUCAUCACACAAGCUUUUCCCGGCCGUUGCCAUCCUCCUCCUGCUCGUCGUCGCCACCGAGGUGGUGCCAGCGCAGGCACGAGAGUGUGAGACAGAGAGCGAGCGGUUCAACGGGCUGUGCUUCGUGUCCGAAAACUGCGCCGGUGUGUGCGGUGCGGAGGGGUUCACCGGUGGCAAGUGCUCCGGCUUGAAGAGGAGGUGCAUGUGCACGAAGGAGUGCUAGACGAUAUCAUGAUAUAUUUAGGUGGUUGGACGGCGACAAUUAUGAACUUAUUCUUUGCAUGGUUUGAAUUACCUUUGUUCGUAUGUUUGAUAAAGUUCCAGGUUCACCGCGAUGUUAUCCUUGGGUUCGAAUGAAGGAAAAUGUUUUGUUUCUUUAAAGAAAAGAAAA